UUUAUAUGUGGCUAAAAGGCUCCAAUAGUCCACAGUGGCUUCUCUUUGUUGAUCUUCGUUCUUCCACUGCCUUCUGUAUCCUAAUUUCUUUAUGACAUCAGCAUGGGGUUCAAGCUUUUCUAAAGCACGCAAACUGAUCUAGGGCGUGAUUUGGUUUGGCGAUAUCUCCGCAACCGCUGGUGGUGCCUAUAGACUAUAGUGGUGGAUAACACGUGUUUAAAUUAGAAACUAAAUCAAGUUAUCUAGGGUUUCUUUCUUCUUCUCUGUACUUGUAACCACAGCAAAAGGUUCUAAUAUCUGAUCAAAACCGGCCAAACAAUUCGAAGAAGAGCGACAAAGGAAAAAAGGUAUGGAAAGGGGGAAAUAGUUAUGGAAGAGUAUUGGUAUUGGUAUUGGAUUUAACCUAAGAGAGGCUAUUAAAGGUAUUGUUGUUAUAUAGUUUUUACAAUAUCAGUUGUCUGUUUUUAAUUGCAUUUCGUUAUGCUGUUGAGUUGUUGAAUUGGUUGAAUGAAUUUAAGAUGUGUGUUAGAUGAAUAUGAAAAAUAAUAGAUGAAUUUGAAUCAAAUGGAUUGUUACUAUGAAAUGUGGAUUGAUUAUUUGUGAAAACCAGAAUACAUAUUGGAUGAGGAGAAUGUAUAUAUUGUAUCUGUUGUAUAUUUGUUGGUUUAAUGAUUGAUUUUUAGACUUAUUUGUUCUUAUCGAGUUAGUUGUUGCUGGUAUUGGAAAUGCAUAUGCCACUCACUAUUGAUGUUACUACAUCAUUUUGAGGUUUUUAAAGUGCUAACAUCAUGUCAUCUUCCUCGUCUUUCUGUCAACUUUUAAAUGAAUUACUAUACAUUUUUACUGGUAAAUAUGUUUAAGAAAGAAUAUAGCUAAAAUGAUGUUUUGGGUGGAUUUUAAAAGAAAAUAGGUGAUAAAAUUUUAUUGCAGACCCCUUUAAUGAUUUGAUUUAUGCUAUUAUAUAGUGCUGAUAUUGGGCAAUGGCAGAAAUGAGAGAUAUAACAACAAUAAACGAAACACACUUUGUUUUUAGGAUCAUGCAAUUCUGGACUGCGCGAAUUCUUAUUAUUGUUUUAUCAAAGGAGUUGCCAGGUGCAAUUGCUAAAGUGUCGUUACCAAAGUCCACGCGUUGGAAUUCUGAGGUCAUCUUUAGCAGACUAUUCGUUGGAUUUUGGCACUCCAUGGGGAUGCAGUUGUUCCUUUUGCAUUUGCUGGCGUAUAUUCAGUGGUAACUUUCUCACGGUCUACGGAAUACAGCAUCGGCUACAACCUUGAUCGAUAGCGCAGAGUCUUACGCUAAUGUAAUGCAACAAGCCGGAAUUUCUGUAGACACUGAGCAACGGAAGAAAAUAAUUGUAGAACAAGCCAAUUAUUUAGCAAAUGGUGUUGACGGAUGUCUUGUGAUGCAAAGCAACUUACUUGAUGAGGUUGUAAACCUUGUCGAAGCACCUGUUCCCGUGCUCGGAAAAUUCUCAGAGUCGUUCCUAGUGCUCCCGAAAGAUCUGUUAGUAAUGGUUAUGCAGAAGCAUCAGAAGUACUUUGCGUUGACGGACACGAACGAAAGUCUGUUGCGUAUUUCAUUGCUGUUGCAAAUGGAGCAAUUAAUGAAUCAGUUGUUAGGAAAGGAAAUGAAGUUUUACUCAGAGCUCGAUAUGAAGAUGCUAAUUUCUUUUAUGAAUUGGACACUAGUAAAAGGAGAAACUUGGAACGAUGGAGGACAAAAUGAUACGGGUCGAGAGUACCGUUAGUGAACUCGGGUCAGCCCUAGGGCUAAGUGAAGAUAAGCUUCAGAUUGUUCAUGAAGCUGCAUCACUCGCUAUGUCUAACCUCUCAGCUGCUAUUGUUACGGAAUUUACGUCUUUAUCAGGAAUAAUGGCACGCCACUAUGCUCUUCGUGAAGGAUACUCACAACAGGUUUCCGAUGCAUUGUUUGAGAUUACCAGCAACAUGAAUUAAACACUUGGAGAAUCAUACAACAUCAAAACCGGCCACCAGUUACAAAUUUUCUCCCCAUCACAACAGCAGUAAUGUGGCCAUGAACCCAUGGAUGCAAAUUUGCAGCACUUUUAAGUCCAAAACAGUGAGUAUGUAUGUGGACUUGAAGAAAACAGUCUUGAAAUAGUUAUUAGUUUAUGUGUAAAGUCGUUUUCCUUUGUAACUUUUGUAGAUAGGUUUUGAUUAGAAGUUAAUGUUUAUAAUUAGUAUUACUAUUUAUAUUAAAAACUUAUGUAUGGAUUUUGGGUUA